UGUAAAAAGCGCUUAUUGCUUGCAUCGAUAGUGCUCGUGUUGAGUUUUUGUAAUGUUGGCCGUCUUAAAGCGGCAGUGACCAAAAAUAGUCCGCCAGUCCCUCUAAUAAAGAAAAACCCUACCAUUUUUAUGAACUUUUGGCUGCUUUACAAAGAGACGGAAGCAAUGAUAAACCCGAUGGAAUGUACAGUAGAUGCACAGAGUCUCAUCACUAUUUCUCUAAAGAAAAUCCACAGUUCAAGAACGCAGAGAGGGGGGAUCAAGCUGCACAAAAACCUCCUGGUUUCUUAUGUGCUUCGCAACGCCAGACAGCUGUACAUCAACGAGAGGUACGCUGAGCUGUACCGACGGCAGCAGUACGAGGAAGUAAUGACAGUCUGCAAUGAAAUUCAGGAGCUGGAUCCGUUAGACAUUGCCGAAGAAGAGGUUGCGGAGACCGAGAGCUGCUGCGCAGGGAGCCUCUUAGAGGAGCCGGAGAGCGUGUGUGGCGCGCUGCUUGCCAGCCAUCACCAGGAGGACCCUCUACAACAGCAGCAGCUCCAAGCGCAAGAGGUAUGCAAGGAGCCGGAGAGCAACUUCUACCGGAGCUGCUGCAUGGGAGCGUACCCUGUCACGAACUGUGAGUUUGCCCAAGGUACCAACAGCAGCAGCAGUCUCCACUGCAGCAAAACUACAGUGCUGGACUUGGACACGCACGUCGUUACCACUGUAGAGAAUGGCUUUAUCCACCAGGACUGCUGUGCUUCCCAGUGCGGGUGCCAGAGCGCACAGGCGGCAGCCAGGAAGCGCAAACUGGACAUGCAUUAUUAUGUGCCUCCCGAGGUGGAGGAGACGCACGAUUUUACACCGUGUAAGAGAGCCAGGUUUGAGGAUUACACCUUCCAGAGCUCACUGGAACAGGUCUCGGACACUUCCAGCAUUUCCAAUUUGAUCUCGAUUUUUGGAUCAGGAUUUACGGGUUUGGUUAACAGGCAAGCGGACUGUGAGCCCUCCCUGAAUGGACAGUUGUGCAGCAAGCAGGCACUCGCAAGCCUGGGAGCAUGGACUAGAGCAAUAGAGGCGUUUUGAUGCCAACUUGUGUCGGAUGAGGAUGUUUAUAAACUGUAAACUACAGAAGAGAGAAACUGGACUUUAUUUUUGCAAGAGGCACCUAUUUAAAUAUUAAGCUUUUGUUCUAUGGUGAAACCGAUGUUGCCACGUGAUGUGAGGCUUUUAAAAAGGAAAUGUCUAGUUUUCUCCCCACAACUGUUACAAAGUUAACCUAAGUGCAUCUUAUGUGGGGUCAUGAUUCUGUUCCCCUUAUACGGUCCUGCUGAGGGAGGUUAUAUUCAUUCACUCCAAACUUUUGCGGGCCCAACAAUCCUGUUAAUCUUAAUGUCAUAUCAAAACAGUAUACUUUCAUUAGACUUCACUAACCAAGUUGUCUACUUUUAACAUGUUGGACCUAGAUGAACACGAGCGUACCUGCUGUGGUACUACGAGUAUUGUAAAUCAGUACUGGAAGUCAUUCGUUUUUACUGAUUUCUUUAUGUUUUACUUGGGACUUGAGAAUGUUGUUUACCGUAGUUAUAGACAUUUCCUUUUUGAAAGUCUUUGUCUACUGGGUGUUAUGUUUAAAAUAGCAGAUGAAGGCAGAAAUAAUAACAUUUAAACUUUUUCUUUCAGUCAAAUUGGAAUGAUAUGCUAAUUCUUCAUAAGUAACACUACAGCGUGAUGAUAAAAAUGCAGUAGGUGGCUUUUUUUUCCUGUUCCAGAUGUUUUGUGGGAUUUGUAGUCUUGAUCAGUUAGCACCCCCUUUAGACUACAGGAUACUGGGACAUUGAAAGAAACUACUUAUCCCAUGAUGCACCACACACAGUCUCUUUAAAGUUUAUGGUUAAUACCUUAAUGUAGGAGUUGUGCUAAAUGUGAAUUUUUUUUUCUCCUCUGACUGUCUGUAAUAUUUAAAAAGUUAAAUUGUUCUGGUUUCAGCCUUCAGUGAUUUUCAUGAUGCCAGCAUUGUUUGGUCUUGUGAGAGAACAAUUUGUCAUGUAGUUAUUUCACAACUUAAAACCUUUUGUUGUAAAAAGGUAACAUUAGACCCUGCCAUACAUACCUUCACAGUAUAAGCACUAUGUGUAUUACAAACUGUUGCCAAACAUUUUUUAUUUCUUUUCUGUGUUUGUACCCCUGUAUUUUUUGUGCAUAUUGAAUUGUAUAUCACCGGGUAAAACUGUUCAGAUUGUUUUAAAUUUAUAAUCUUAAUAAAAAUGUCAAGCAAA